UACAGAGGAGGGAUGUAUCGAAACAGACUACCAGACUACUGCUACUUACAGCACCGUAUAGCAGCCCUGCUCCUGCAUUUUGCUGCCUUACUCUGCCCUGAACGCACAGGACCGGGGAUGGUCCGUCAUUAACUGUAAACUGACUCUCAUCAGGAAACUGCACAUUAUUCCACCAUCCCUUCAAAGGUCUCAUCAGGCAGAGGUGACGCCAGGAGAUGAUUUAAAGGUGAAAAUGACAAGGUUUCCACCCCUCAAACCUUGGCUCCUUUUCUGACAAUACAGUCUGAAUGCACCCGAUGUCUUCUUUACUGUGGAAAUAGCAUCGGAAGAAAAAACAUAUUUUUUAAUCCUGAUAAAGAAGAUUAUUGGGAAGCUCUUUUUUUAAAAAAAAAAAAUCUCCAAUUGUGCACAGAUGGAUUUUAGAAAGUGUUAGAGCUUUCCAAUGAACACUAAUAGAGUACUCUGCUCUUGGCUGGAUUUUUCAGAGGAUGGCAAUGGUCUCUGCAAUGUCCUGGGUCCUGUAUUUGUGGAUAAGUGCUUGUGCAGUGCUCCUGUGCCAUGGAACCCUUCAGCACACCUUCCAGCAGCACCACCUGCACAGACCAGGAGGGACAUGUGAAGUGAUAGCUGCACACAGAUGUUGUAAUAAGAAUCGAAUCGAGGAGCGGUCACAAACAGUAAAGUGUUCCUGUCUGCCUGGAAAAGUGGCUGGAACGACAAGAAACAGACCUUCCUGCGUCGAUGCCUCCAUAGUGAUUGGGAAAUGGUGGUGUGAGAUGGAGCCUUGUCUAGAAGGAGAAGAAUGUAAAACGCUACCUGAUAAUUCCGGUUGGAUGUGCGCUACAGGCAAUAAAAUUAAGACCACAAGAAUUCACCCAAGAACCUAAUGGAAGCAUUUGUUAUAGUAGCAAAGGAAAACCACCUCUGCAGAAAACACAUUUUAAGAAUUUAAAACAUCUUACACAUUACAAGCCAAAUGGAUUUCUUAUUUGCACUUUGACUGGUUACCAGAAAAUCACAGUGCUUUUACUGUGUGUCAUGAAGUAUCCUAUAGUGAGAAGACCCUGCAUUUUUGGCAACACCGUGGAAAGUGGGUUUAAAAAAAGGGUUUUCUCCAUGAAAAUUUUUGGGAUUACGAAGAACGAUCAACUAUCUUCUAAUUUGGAUCUAUAGUUACUUUGUACCAUUUUAAAUAUAUGUAUAUAUAUAAUAUUUUGAAAUAUUAUAUAUUCUCUUCAAGAAAUGAACAAUACCACAGUUUGAGGCGGCUGGUGUACCUCUUUGAGUUUGGAUGUCUUGUUUUGUUUUGUUGCAUUUCUUUUUCUCUUGGCGAGGAAGACAUGUGCCCUUCUGAAAUUUCAACAUGGCACUCACACUGGAAGGCCAGCUACAGGUGGACUCCUGGAAUCUGAGGCAUCGUAACAAUACUGAAUCGAGAGCUUCCUUCUGUUUCUACCAGAUGGCCCAAGGAAGCACAUCGUCCUGUUUUAUUGCUUUCUACCCUGUGCAAUAUUAGCAUGCAAGCUUGGCUUACAUAACCAUACUUUAUAUUCAAUUGAUAUAUAAUAACCAUCCUAACCUCUUCCAGGAAAGUAUUUUUAGAACUACUAGCUUUUCCACGGGUAAGAAAAAUAAGAAUUCUUGAGGGAGCUGCUCCACCGUGCUAUUAAGACUCUGGCAAAAUUAUGGUAGAAUACGGAUCCCUGUAUUAAUAAGUUCUGUAAAUACAAUGUCUUAAGGCUUUGUAUAGCUGUCCUAGACUGCAGAAAUGUCCUCCAAUGAAAUCCAAAGUCUGGCAUCAUUAAGUACAUAGUGCUGUAGCAACAAGUCUUAUCAUGGUACCUCUUUCUAUGUUUGAUUUGCUUUUUUCAUGAGUAUUCAAAUCUCUUCUGGUGAGAUAGGAAGACCAUUAAAGCAAUUAGGUUUCAAAAUGAUCUAUGUGACCAAAUGCUGGACAGCCCUAUUAAAGUGGUAAAUAACUUCUUUCUAAA